UUGCAUUACAAUACUGACAGCUAGUUGUUAACAUUUUUGAUAGAAUAAUGUAUGUUUCUGAGAUUGUGCUUACUACUUUGGAAAGAUGAUAUCUAUCAGUAAUGUAUGUUUACAGGAUCUCCAUGUACAGUAGAGUCUUUGUCUGAUACAACUAUUGUUUGUGUCACUGGACCACGUCCUAGCAACCAGAAUCUGUACCCUGGCAACCGUGGAAUCAACAAAGAAAUGUGGAACUCCACUUCUGUAUCAUUUAAUGAACUAGAAGAGGUGAUGAACUACACAGAAAACAACCCUCCCAACUACUCCAUUGAGUGGAUGGAUGAAGCUGCAUUUAAAGACACAUCAAACAAAGAUAACUUUGUCACAAGGCUAAGGGGAUUCUUUGUGCCACCUGUCUAUAGUGAAUACAUGUUCUAUAUCAAGUCUGAUGAUACCAGUCGUCUCUACCUGAGCCAGUCUGCUGACACUGAAAAUAAG